UCAAGGGUACUUGUGAAUGAUUUUCUGAAACAUUUUAUUAUAUUAUAUUAACAAAUAGUUGAAUUUUUUUAACUGACUAACUCUCAAACACCAAGAAAAAGUUAUAUUAUAUCAGUUUUAUUGCUUAAGCGAUCUUUUCCAUGUGGUGUGUUUCACGUGUACACAGAAAUCUCAAAGGAACCUCAAUUUGUGAAUGAAAUGGCUCAGCUAAGAGAAGAUGAUACAGCGGAUGUUGUAGAUAAUGUUGUGGCCAAAAAAGAGAAGAAGAGUAAAGACAAGAAAAAGAAAAAAGAGAAAAAAGAUAAAGAAAGAAAACGAAAAGCAGAAGCUGCAGAAGUUGAAGAGAAUGGUGAAGUGUCCCCUAAGAAAGCAAAAACUGAAAUAAAUGGAAAACAAUCCUCGAAAAAGGCAAAAACAACAGAGGAGGAGGAGACCCCACCAUCCAUAGAUCUUCCAGAACUGACCCAAGAGCAACAAGAUGGAGCUUUCAGUAAAUUCAGGAUAUCUAAUCCAAUGGUUGAAAAAUUACAGGGGCGCAGUGUGACGUACUUAUUUCCAAUCCAAGCACAGACAUUCGACCAUGUUUAUGAUGGCUUUGAUGUCAUUGCUCAAGCCAGAACUGGAACUGGUAAAACAUUAUCAUUUGCCCUACCACUGGUAGAGAAGCUGCAGUUAGAGGGGACCAAGGGGAAGCAUGGAAGACCACCCAAGGUUUUGGUGAUGGCCCCCACCAGAGAGCUAGCAAAGCAAGUCAGUGAAGACUUUGAGUCCAUAACAGAGACCCUGAAGGUGUUCUGUAUAUAUGGAGGUACAGCCUUUGCUCCCCAGGAGCAAGCCAUCAGGAAGGGUCUGGACAUUCUUGUGGGGACACCUGGCCGUAUCCUGGACUAUGUCCGCAAGGGUACCCUGGACCUGGCCCACCUGAGGCACGUGGUCCUGGACGAGGUGGACAGGAUGCUGGACAUGGGGUUCACGGAGUCCGUGGAGGAAAUAUUACAGGCAGCGUACAAGACAGGUGGUGUAGCUGAUGCCCUGGCUGGCAGUCCUGAUACCCCCCAGACCCUGCUGUUCUCAGCCACCCUGCCCCCCUGGGUUCACAAGACAGCCCAGAAGUACAUGAAGGGAGACGUGAAACACGUGGACUUGAUUGGAAACCAGGACAUCAGGACUGCCACCACUGUUCAGCACAUGGCUAUUAAGUGUGGGUAUCAGGACAGGGCAGCCACCAUAGGUGCAGUGAUACAGGUGUACAGUGGGAACCACGGCAGAGCCAUGGUCUUCUGUCAGACCAAGAGGGAUGCUGAUGAGCUGGCCGUCAGCUCUGACAUCAAAGUGGAGGCCCAUGUCCUCCAUGGGGACGUUCCACAGGAGAAGAGAGAGAUGGUGCUGAAGAAAUUCAGAGAAGGGAAGUACCGUUGCCUGGUAACCACAGAUGUAGCUGCGCGUGGUCUGGACAUCCCAGAGGUGGACCUGGUCAUCCAGUGCAGUCCGCCCAAGGACGUGGAGUCGUACAUUCACAGGUCUGGCAGGACCGGCAGAGCAGGGAGAGAGGGCGUCUGUAUCUGCUUUUAUAAAUUCCAGGAGGAGAGGGAUCUGCAGUGGGUGGAGCAUAAAGCUGGAAUAAAGUUUAAAAGGAUUGGUGGCCCUACCCCAAAUGACAUCAUUAAAGCAGCAGCUAAAGAUGCAGCCAG